CUACUAAUUAGGGUUCCAUGGCCAAAUGAAAUUGGGAACCCCUGCCCUAAGUUACAGAAUUUUAGGUUAUGUUGAAAAAGAAAGAAUAUACAAAAUUAACAUGUCAUCCGUUUCGGUAUUUUGUUGUUUUAGAAGUUGUUUAGAUAACUUUAGUUUUAGCCCAACUGUUCCCCUGGUUCCCAAAGAAAAUCCUAUUCAACUGGAUACAGCUUUUAUGGGAUAUGAGGUGGUUAUUGUAAAAGGGGGUCAGAGAGUAUGUGGUACUGGCGCAGCAUUAGGAAACGCUCCUUUGGUUCAGUCAAAAUCAUAUUUUGAGGUCAAAAUUCAACAAAGCGGUUCAUGGUCCAUUGGUAUUGCUACAAGACAAACUGACCUGAGUCUUUCAUUAGGUGGGAUGGAUGAAUUUUCAUGGGUGUUAGGUCAUGAUCAUAUUAUCCGACAUAAUAAACAAGAACUUCAUAAAAUAAACAUCUGUAAUAAUUCUGAUAAUAAUGGGAUGCAGACCAUACAGGAAGGUGAUAUAAUUGGGGUUGCAUUUGACCAUAUCCAACUGAAAUUUUUCUUGAAUGGGAAGGAAAUUGAACAAUCCAUCAGUAAUGUAAAAGGAACUGUUUAUCCUGCACUGUAUGUGGAUGACGGAGCCAUAUUGGACAUAAUUUUAGAUAACUUCAAACAUUCUCCACCUUCAGGAUUUGAUAAAAUCAUGCUCGAACAAUCACUGCUAUAGAAUAGUAUUAUUUUAAGGCUGAUAAUUGAACAAAAUCGAUGUAUUUAUUUUAUUUUUGAUAUUUUAUGUAGAAUUAAGGCAAACUUCUAUUUAUUAAUACUUUUUCAAUUAUUCUUUGAAAUGCUUAUUUUACACGAUCAAAGUUUUGUAUAAAUGUAUAAUACUAAUGAAUAUAUGUAAAUACUGCAAAUAUUCCAUCCUAGUCCAUCCAUCCUGAUAACAUUCAGUUCUCAUUGUAAUAAAUUAUGCCACGUUAUCAAUCAAGAACAAAACUAAUCUAAUUAAAUGAUACAGUUGA